AUGCACAAGCUGUUUUACAAUGGUUUCCUCUACAUGCCUCUACAGGCUGAGCACACCUUGGCUCUCUUCGCCAUUGCUUUCCAUGAAUGUCAGAUUUCGCUCAUUCCCUUGGAUGAUUUUGGAGCAUGUGCAUCUCAGGAAGUUCCACAACUCUAUAAGAUAUUUCUUACCUUUUCGGAGCGCUUAAGCAAUGUUAAUAUAGAUAUUAUUCAUCGGAUUGACAGAACUGGAAGCUACGCUGAGGAGGUUGACACCUACUUUUUCGAAGGACUACGGAAAUGGAGGGAACUGAACCUCACUCAGCAUUUUGUCCAAUUCUACAAUGAAGUGGCCAACAAAUGCCAGUCCUUCAACCAGCUGGUCUAUUACCAGAGUGCCAUUGUGCAGAGCUUGAAGACACAUUUGCAAGUCGAAGGCAGUCUUGCUUAUCAAGCCCUAUUAGAUCUAGUGGUGCAGCUGGCUCGAGAUCUUCAGGCUGAUUUCUAUCCUCAUUUUCAUGACUUUUUCCUGGCCAUCACCAAGUUGCUGGAUACACAGGACACAGAGCUGCUGGAAUGGGCUUUUACUUCUCUUUCCUAUCUCUACAAAUACUUAUGGAGAUUGAUGGUGAAGGACAUACACAAGAUAUACAGCCUAUAUAGCACCCUGUUGGCUCACUCCAAACUUCACAUCAGAAACUUUGCUGCUGAAAGUUUUGUCUUUCUAAUGAGAAAGGUUUCUGAUAAAAAUGCAAUCUUCAAUUUAAUGCUCCAUGACCUGGGGGAGCACCCCGAGAAGGUGGAAGGUGUAGGACAGCUACUUUUUGAGAUGUGCAAGGGUGUUCGAAACAUGUUCCACUCCUGCACAGAGACGGCUAUGAAGUUAAUUCUGUUAAAGCUGGGGCCUAUUACUGAAGAAGAAAUUGAACUACCGUGGGUAACUGUAGGAGAAGCAUUUGAACAUAUGAUCAGAUCAGCUGUACUCCAUAUCCAUAAGGAACAUUUUGACAUUGUCUUCAAGUGCCUGGAGGAGUCACUCUUAAACUUGCAAAGGAAAAUAACUAAGGCCAACAGCUGUAAGGCUUCAGAGCAGAUGGAAAAGAUUCUGCAAGCAUAUCUGAUCGUAGUGGAACAUGCAAAUGGAUCCAAAGUCUCAAUGCCUGAAGAUGUCUGUCAGAUUUUAAUAAAAAUGUUACAGACACCAGAUCUCUCAUCAACUUGCUGUAAGACCCUGCUGAACACCAUUUCUGCAUUCCUGCUGGCUGAGAAUGUUUUCUUGCCUGAUUCUUUGGCCAAAGAAGCUAUUGAGAAGGUAUUUGCAAGUGGAUUUGAACGAUGCUUUCUUUUGGACUUCUCUGAAGCGAUGUUCACAAUGAAGCAAUUUGAGAGGCAUUUUCUUCCGUGCUUUCUAGAGUACAUUGAACACUUCUUCUCUGGCACAGAUGCCCUCACAAAGGGUGAGGCAAUGGCAAUUCUGGCUAAACUCAUUCUGGUGAAAGCAGAGCCUCCUACAAUUGGUUCGAUGGCAUUUGAAAAGUAUCCUCUCACUUUCACUGAAUCAUCUGUCAGCUCUAAUACAAGGCAGCAAGCAAGUGAAAGACAAGCAGGAAAGGCAGAAGUACCUGUGUUGGAUCAUAUACUGUCUUUAAUCCAUUUACCAGAGAAGGAAGACAUCACUGACCUUUCACAGCAUUGGGUUGCCUUGGUUGUACUGCCACAUAUUAGACCAAUGGACAAAGAAAAUGUUCUGCCCCAUGUGACAAGUUUUAUAGACUCUCUCUUCACAGCCAUUGACAAAGGAAGCCUCUGCAAAGGAAGCCUGUUUGUGGCCUGCCAAGCUGUAAGUACUCUUCUUAGUUUGGCAGAGUCUUCUGAAAUACUCCAUUUGUUACCUGUGGAGCGUGUCAAGAGCUUGGUGACCACUUUCCCUUCAGACCCGUCUGCGUUACUGUUGGCUGAUCUCUAUUACACAAGGUUGGCAUUGUGUGGCUGCCAGGAACCCCUUUCUCAAGGGAACAUAAUGGACUUGUUUGAGAAGCUGCAUCCUAAUAUUUCCACUGGUGUUUCCAAGGUCCGGCUAUUGACUGUUCGAGUUCUAAGCCAUUUUGAGAAUCCAUCCCCUACACGGAUUGAGGGUGAUGGCACAGGGGAACUCCAGCCAUUAUUUGCCAUAUUGCUCCAGGCAGAACUUGUGCCAGCAACAGUGAAUGAUUACAGAGAGAAACUCCUCCAUUUGAGAAAACUAAGAUGUGAUAUAGUGCUGUCUGCAAUACCAAGUGGAUCUUUGCAGGAGGUUCCUCUUCGGUAUUUACUGGGAAUGCUUUAUAUUAACUUCAGCCCUCUCUGGGAUCCUGUAAUUGAACUCAUAACAUCUUAUGCAAAGGAAAUGGAGAAUAAACAGUUCUGGAAGGUCUUAUAUGAACAUUUGGAGAGAGCUGCUACCUAUGCUGAAAUGGAGCUGCAAAAUGAACUAGAUGAACAGGAGGAAAGCAUUGCUGAAACAGAAAGUGAGAAGAUGCCAGAAGGAGGAGUGGGAGCUGUCUUCCUGGAGCAGCUGAAGACUAGAACGGAUUGCAGUGUGCGACUGGACCACACAAACUUCCGUUUUCUACUGUGGAAAGCACUAUAUAAGUUUCCAGACAGAGUGGAGCCUAGGUCAAGGGAACUUUCCCCACUUCUUUUGAGAUUUAUUAGAAACGAGUACUACCCAGCAGAUUCAUUGGUGGCUCCAUCUCAGGAUCUUAGAAAGAAAAUUAGUCGUACAGUAGCAGCAAAAGAAAUACCCAACGAAGAGGGGAAUGAUGUUGCUAUGGAGGAGGAGGAGGAGGAAGAAGAACAGGAAGAAGGGGAACCAAUUACCGUAGGAUUACCAAAAAAGAAAACAAGAAGAGCUGCUGCUAAGCAACUAAUAGCCCACUUACAAGUUUUCUCUAAAUUCUCAAAUCCUCGUGCAUUGUAUCUGGAACAGAAGUUGAAUGCAUUAUAUACCCAGGUGAUGCUAUUUGCUGACUUUGCUGUGGACAGGGGGCUGUGGAACUGUAUUAAAUGGUAUGAACCUGUUAUUUCCCUGGGCUCGAACUGGUACCUGGUGUUAGAAGAGAACUUACAAAGGCUACUGGAAGAUAAGAGUUUUAAAGAAGAAAUAGUCCAUUUCAGUAUUUCUGAGGAGACCUCAGUAGUAAAAGUGGAGCAUCGACCAGAUCUCAUCCCUGUUCUUAUGAGAAUUCUCUAUGGCAGAAUGAGAAACAAAACAGGGAGCAAAACACAGGGCAGGUCUUCAGCAGGCACUCGCAUGUCAAUCGUUCUGCGAUUUCUUGCCGGCUCGCUGCCAGAAGAGAUACGGAUGUUCUUGGAUCUACUCUUUGAAGCUGUGAAGCAAUUCAGUAAUGGGCCUUGCCAGACUGCAGUGCUUCGAAGUAUGUCAGAGCUAGAUUUAGCUAAAGUUCUGCCUCUUGGGCGUCAGCAUAGCCUCUUCAACAGUCUCGAAGUUGUGUUGAAAAACAUGGGACAUUUGAUCCAUCGGUAUCUGCCUGAAAUUCUACAGAUUCUGCUCUGCAUGACGGCUGUGGUAUCCUGCAUCCUCCAGCAAAGAGAGAAGAUCCAACCUAGGUUGAUUAAUCCACUGAAGAAUUUGAGACGUCUGGGACUCAAGCUCGUGGCAGAGUUUUUUUCUGAUUAUGAGACCUACAGCUUUAGUGUGGAAGAGAUUGAUGCCAUUUUCUAUGCGGUGGUAUGGCCUCAGGUCUGCAGAUUGGCUUCAGAGAGUCAGUAUUCUCCAACUUUUCUCCUCAAACUCAUUCACACUUGGAGUAAGAAUCCCAGGUAUUUCCCCUUGCUGGCCAAGCAGCAGCCAGAUCACCCAGAGUGUGAUAUACUAUCAAAUGUAUUUGCUGUGCUGUCAGCCAAGAAUCUAUCUGAGGCCACAUCCAGUCUUGUGAUGGACAUAGCUGAUAGCCUUCUCAACAGCCCAGAUUUCAAACCCACGGGGCAGGUUUCGAGUUUGAGCGUGACUGACUGUGUUGUCGUAGUCACUGGAGAUGUGACAGAAGAGACCCUCAGCCUAGGUUGCCGCUUGGUUCUGCCUCAUGUUCCUGCCAUACUUCAGUACUUCAGCAAAACAAUGUUGAAUGUGGAGAAGGUGAAAAAGAAGAAAUACAGAGCUCAAGUCAGCAAAGAGCUGAGUAUACUUUCUAAGAUCAGCAAAUUUAUACAAGAAAAGAGUCAGAAUUCAGUGCUUGUGAGUCUUCUUCUUCCUUUCCUUCAUCAGAGUAACAUGGAGCAGGGUACAGAGAUUGACAUUCUGGAGACAGUGCAGAACUUGCUGAGGCAUUGCUCAGAUCCUACGAGCUUUCUCAAACCACUGGCAAAGCUUUUUUCUGUCAUCCAGAACAAACUGUCUCGACAUAAAUUAUGCUUGGUCUUUCAGACUUUAUCUGAUUUGGACAGCGAAUUGAAGUAUAUUACUGAUGUUGUUAAGCUGAAUGCCUUUGAUCAACGACAUCUCGAUGAUAUCGACUUUGAUGUACGUCUGUCGGCAUUCCAGUCAAUCACAGCCCACAUCAAGGAAAUGCAGGCAGUGGAUGUCAACUUCCUCAUCUCCGUUAUGCACAACUGCUUCUAUACCAUCCAGCUAGGGGAUAUGGCUCUUAGUUACAACGCAAGCCUUUGCUUGACCGGUUUUAUCCACCGACUGGCAGAGAUCGACCACACAGAAGAUGAGUACAAGGAGCUAAUUCAGCAGACUCUCCUGGAGUCUGUGAGAAGAGGGCUGAAGAGUAAAACUGAGAGCAUCCAGCAGGACUACACAUCGUUGCUUUCCUGCCUCAUUCAAACAUUCCCAGCAAAUUCUGAAUUCCGGGAUUUGGUCCAGUUGACCAACCGCCACGAUCCUGACAUGGACUUCUUUGAGAAUAUGAAACACAUGCAGAUCCACAGAAGGGCACGAGCUCUGAGGAAACUGGCUAAGCAUCUUGGUGAAAAAAAGGUUGUGCUGUCUUCUAAAUCCCUGCAGAACUACAUCAUGCCUUACGCUACUACUGCCAUUUUUAAUGAAAAAAUGCUUAAGCAUGAAAAUAUGGUAACAGCCUCAGUUGAAGUUGUUGGAGCUGUCUGCCGACAUCUCUCUUGGUCAUCUUACUUGUACCACUUAAAGCAUUUCAUCCAUGUCCUCCAAACAGGACAGAUCAGUCCGAAGCUGGGAGUCAGCUUGUUAGAGACAGUGCUGGAAGCUUUUCACUUUGACCAUGAAACACUUGAAAAGCAGCUUUUGACCAUUGACAACCAAGAAGCUGCUGCCAUGGACCUUGAGCCAGUGGUGGAGGCUGAAGAAGCCAUGGAGCUGGAGCAGAGUGAAGGAAAAGAGGAGGUUGUGGAGGAAAAGAAAGGGAAGAAUCUCCCUGAGGAGCCAGCAGAACCUCAGCAAGCAGAUGAGACAUCUGAAGAUGCUGAUCAAGUGACCAAACCUGUUUGUUUCUUACCCCGAAAUAAAGAGGAGCUGGAGUGUCUCAUCAAACACAUUCAGGAUACGGUUACAGUCAACAUCUUGCCUAAAUUGCACAGGUGUAUUGUUGCAAAGGUUAAAAGAGAUGAAGAACACAAACUUGUGAAAUCCAAUGUUGUGAAUGAUGAUGAGGUAGUUCGUGUUCCAUUAGCUUUUGCGAUGGUCAGGAUGAUGCAAUGUCUUCCCCAAGAAGUGAUGGAAGCCAACCUGCCAAGCAUCCUGCUGAAAGUUUGCACAUUUCUGAGGAACAGAUUUCAGGAAAUCCGGGACAUUGCCCGUAACACCCUCAUUAAAAUCAUGGAAGUGUUGGGAGUGCAGUACCUUCUGUACAUCUUAAAAGAGAUGCAGUCCACUCUUGUCCAUGGGUACCAGCUCCAUGUGCUGACUUUCACUGUGAACCUGAUACUGAAGGGCCUUACUACCAGGCUCAGUGCUGGUGAUUUGGACCCCUGCUUAGAUAUCCUGAUUGAGAUUUUCAACCAAGAGUUGUUUGGGAAUGUAGCUGAAGAGAAGGAAGUGAAGGGAAUUGUCUCCAAAGUCAUGGAAGCACGCAAGAACAAGAGUUACGAUUCCUAUGAAAUUCUUGGAAAGUUCAUAGGAAAGGGUCAGGUGACCAAACUUAUUCUGCCACUGAAAGAGAUUCUGGAGAGCACCACAAGCUUGAAGAUAGUCCGGAAGGUGCAUGAGGCACUUCGUCACAUCGUGGCAGGGCUGAUCUUCAAUUCAGACAUGAACGCAGAAUCUCUCCUCCUCCUCAGUCAUGGUCUCAUCAGUGAAAACUUGCCUCUGCUCACUGAGAAGGCCAAAAAAAAAGUUGACCCUCCUCCAGAUCCUCGGCUGCAACCAGAGAGCUGCCUGCUGCUCCAACCCACUCCGAUGAGAGGAGGGCAGAAAGCACGUGUCAGCAGCAGAACUAACAUGUGUAUCUUGGUUGAUUCAGGACUUCGGCUGCUGCACAUGAGCCUGAAGAGGUCCAAAGUAAAUUCUUCUGAGGAGCAUGCUUUGGAAAUGUUAGACCCUUUUGUUCAGCUGCUUAUAGACUGCCUGAAAUCUAUGGAUGUCAAGGUGAUAACUGGUGCUCUACAGUCUUUAGUAUGGAUUUUAAAGUUCCCUUUGCCUUCUGUCAGUACAAAUCUGGAGCAACUCAUUAAGCAGCUUUUCCUCUUACUGAAAGAAUUUGCAAAGACAGGAAUAGCCAAAGGCCAGAAUUUCCACCUGGUUGUGAGCUGUUUCAAAUGUGUAACAAUACUUGUGAAGAAUGCAAAGAGUCAGAUAACAAGCAAACAGCUCCAAGUGUUGCUUGGCUUUGCUGAAGAAGACAUUUAUGAUUCAUCACGUCAAGCCACUGCCUUUGGCCUUCUCAAGGCUAUUUUAUCCAGGAAGCUCAUUGUCCCCGAAAUUGAUGAUGUGCUGCAGAAGGUUGCCCAGCUGGCUAUCACGGGUCAGAGUGAGCCAGUACGAGUCCAGUGCAGGCAGAUUUACUUAAAAUAUAUUCUGGACUACCCUCUUGGUGAAAAGCUGAAACCCAAUUUGGAUUUCAUACUUGCACAACUGGAGUACGAGUAUGAGACUGGAAGAGAAUCUGCACUGGAGAUGAUUGCGUACCUCCUUGACAUGUUCCCACAGGAUCUCCUCCACAAAUACUGCGGGCUGUUUUUUCUCUCUCUUUGUAUGAUGAUGAUAAAUGAUGAUUCUGCCAAAUGCAAAAAGAUGGCGGCUUUGACAUGUAAAUCUCUCCUCAGUAAGAUAAACAAUGAAAAGCAAGAUCUGAUGUUUUCACUGGUCACAGAGUGGUUUCACAGCAAGAAGAGCUCACACAGGAGGUUGGCUGCGCAGGCGUGUGGUUUGUUUGUUGAAGUGGAGGGAAUAAUGUUUGAACGGCGGCUUGAAGCUGUCCUCACCUUGAUUGAAAAAGAAAUCAACCCAAUUAAAUUUGAAAACAUAACUAAAGAGGAGGAGGAGAAGGCUGCAGACAGGCUGCUCUUCAGCUUUCUUGUGCUGAUAACAAAGCUAAUCACAGAGUGCAACUUAAUUCAGUUAACCAGGAACAGUGAUGUUGUGAGCAAUAUCUGGGGUCAUGUCCAGUCUCACCUGUGGUAUCCUCACAGCUGGGUCUGGCUGACAGCUACUGAGAUCUUUGGCUUGUUGUUUUCAUUUUACAAGCCAGAAGAUCUUGUCAGCAAGUGGAGGGAAAGAAAGGCAGGGAAGAGGAAAAAGAUGUCAGCAGAGCUGUCUGCAUCCACAGUCUUCUUGACUGCUGAACUGGACAAAAAGAUGAAAGAACUUGUGCUUGCAUUCUGCCAUCAGCUGCAGUCCAAGUUCCUGGACCUGUCUCUGGGAGAGCAGGUUAUAAAGAAUUUGCUUUUUGUGGCAAAAGUUGUUUACUUGCUAGCCCCUGGCUUAGAAGGAGGUAAAGAGGCAAGUUGUGGAGUGGAAGAGCAGGAGGCCUCAGAAGAUGAGGAAGAGAAGGAUGUUUCUGCUCAAAGAGAGGGAGGAAGAGAGGACACAGAAGAGAAAGGCCAGCCAGCCACACUGCCCUGGUUAAUGAAGAAGCUCUCUCUCAUGGCAAAGCGAGAAGCAGCAUAUUCCCCUAAGGUCCCUUUAAAGCGAAGCUGCAUCUUUAAAUUCCUGGGAGCAAUCUCAGUGGAUCUGGGAAAAGACAGGAUCAAGCCCUACCUUCCAACAAUUCUCACCCCUCUGUUCAGGGAGAUGAACAGCACCUAUGCAGAACAAGAUCCAACACUGAAGAACCUGUCCCAAGAAAUCAUAGAACUGCUCAAGAAGUUAGUUGGACUGGAGGCUUUUUCGCUUGCCUUUUCUUCUGUGCAGAAACAGGCCCAUCAGAAAAGAGCAAUGAGGAAAAAGCAGAGGGCUCUGCAGACUGUAGCAAACCCUGACAUUGCUGCAAGGAGGAAGCUGAAGAGACAUAAGAAUAAAGCAGAAACAAGGAAGAGAAAAAUAGAAUUCCUGCGCCCUACCUACAAGGCCAAGAGACCUCGAAGUCAUGCACUGAAAGAUUUAGCAAUGGUGGAAUGAAAAGGCUUUUCUUUCCUGCAGGAUUAAUUUAUAAAAAGUAAUUUUGAGAUAAAGAUCUAAUUACCAUUUAAAAAAACCCCUGUAUUUUAAUUGUAUUUAUUAGUAUUUUUUCAUGUCCUCUUUUUCAUCUAGGACCUUAAACAAAAGCUUUUCAAUUUUUUUCCAAACCUGUAUAUUUACCAGAGCAUGUACAGUUGAAUGGAAAACUACCAUGAUCUUUUAUAUUAAAUUUUACUUCAUUUUUAAAA